AUGCAAGAUCUUGACGCUGCUUAUGCAAUGAUCAACUUGCCGGAUUCUCCCGAAAGCGAGGAUGAAGAUCCAAACGUUCGCGAUUAUCGGAGAUUGGUAUUUUUUCGAAGAAUGCCACAAAGGAAGACGGCAGCGAUUAUUGUCAUUGGCGAUGAGAUUCUCAAAGGGACGACGAGAGACACGAACUCGCACUUUCUCAGUAAUCGACUUCAUCGUUUAGGCGUGAAUCUUAAAAAGAUUUGCGUGAUUGGUGAUGACAUUGAGGAGAUUGCGCGCGAAAUUCGAACCGCCAGCGCCACAUACGAUUAUGUUAUCACUAGCGGAGGUGUCGGACCAACACACGAUGAUAAAACCUAUUUGGGUCUCGCGCACGCCUUCAAUGAUCAACUACAUUUUUCGACGGAAAUUCGUGACGCGGUGAAUCGAUUCCUGCCGAGUUAUACGGCGAAGAAGCGCGCCGAAUUGCUGACGAGCAACAAGCCGGUGUCGAUCGAUGAAUCGAUUGAUGAGAUGGUUCGAUUCGCUACCGAGAAGUUGAGCACGAUUCCGAUGACGUCGGAGUUGCUUUGGGGAAAACAGCGCGCCGACGGCACGCCGUCGACAUUUCCCGUCAUUCGUCUGGCCAAUGUCAUCGCGCUGCCAGGUGUUCCGAGAUUUUGCGAAAAAGCUUUCGAUGAGCUCCAGGAUCAAUUAUUCCCGGUAUCCGAACGGCAUAUGUUGUUCCAAAAAACGUUAUACACCGAUAUGGACGAGUUUGAGUUUUCGACGAAAUUGACGGAUUUGGCGUCGAAAUAUGAUGAGAAACAUGUUCAGAUUGGAAGCUAUCCGGAGAUCAAAAACAAGUGA